AUGUUAUCAAUAAUUGGGUUGAACUUAAGCACGAUCCCUGAAUUAAGAGGAAAUUCAUCUGGAAUCAAUGAAGACACUCAAAAUGGAACUCAGACAGACUACGUAAAUGAAAAAUUAGAAAUGUUAGAGUCAGUGUGCACAAUAUGGUUUACAUUCGAAUAUGCCCUACGCCUGUUAGUUGCACCGAGUAAAUGCACUUUUGUUAAAAGUCCGAUGAAUUUAAUCGAUGUUAUUGCUAUACUACCCUACUAUUUUUCUGAAAUUUUUGAAGUGUGGCUUCAUUCACCGCUAGAUUCACUAGUAUCUAUGCGUAAAAUUGUUCAAAUGUUUAGAAUUUUACGUAUAUUACGGGUUUUCAAGUUGGCAAGACAUUCUCAAGGUCUUCAAGCACUUGGUUAUACAUUAAAACAAUCAUAUAAAGAAUUAGGUCUUCUUAUGUUAUUUGUUGUACUUGUUGUUUUAUUAUUUUCAAGUUUGGCUUAUUUUGCUGAAAAAGAUGAUAACAAGAAUGAAUUUCAAAGCAUACCAGCCACAUUUUGGUGGGCUAUCAUCACAAUGACAACUGUUGGCUACGGUGACAUUACACCAAAAACUGUACUAGGUAAAGUAAUAG